AUGAGCGCCUUCCUAUUCUAUAGACCCAACUCGAACCCCAAUCGAUACUCCAGAAGAGAGCGAUUUAGCCCGCGAUGUACCAAGUCUACUCCCAGCGCUCAUACAAUUAUACCUCAGCCGUCCAUCAAAGUAACGGCCAGCCCUGUUAUGGAACCGUACAACCUUUCCGACAGGAACAACCUCGAUCUAUGCUGUAGAGAUAACGGUAUGUCAACAUGCCUAGACAUUCAAUGCAACGCGCUGAUCGCUCAUCCAGCUCAUUGCCCGCAGGUCCAGCCUACCAACGAUAGUUGCAGCGCGACAUCUGAUAAGGACCGCACUUCAUUUCAUGGCCCAUUUCCUGGGCCACAAAUAGGUCGCGAGCUUGUUGGGACAGCAAUGGCUGACAACGGUCACGACGAUGCUGCUUCCAUCUCGAAUCAGUCAACUAUCGAACGAAACACUUCAGGGCGCAACUCCCUGGAUGAACCAGCAUUGGCUCCAGCAUCCGUGGAUAGAGACAUUGAUCACGUGUCAUUUUGUCAACAGUCUCGAGAAGCCCCCCCAACCCCCGAACGGCAGUGCUUCUCCCCUUCUUCAGACCAGGCGCAUGCGCGACACACUUUAGAAGGUAUUUCUAAGAACAAUGACUUCCAGCCUGGAAUACCGCUUACCCUAGCGGAGUUCGCGCCUCCAAACGCCGUCAACCGAUCGUCACUGGAAGAUUGGGGCUUCCAUGAUGAAACUCUACAAUGCAGAAAUAGCCUACAUCAAGAUCGUUUUAUGCUUGAGGCGGAUAAUUUCCACCUCCACGACAUCACUGCUUCUGACUUCCAUUCUCCGAGAAGUGACCGGCACGGAUCAGAACUAUUCCCCUUACAUGAGAGUCCCGGCUUAACCGAUGCACCUUUUCUAAAUGAUCAGGGCCAUGGUAUUGAUGACGAAUAUUUAGAUCCCAGCCCGCAUCGACCGGUAACGCCGGUCAGGUCUAUGUCCGAAGUAUCUGAUAAGGAUCAUUGCACUGCCACUGACGAUGAUGAAGACGUUCUUGAUCCAUUGGAUGACACUCAUGAGGACUAUACUACAUCGGCUGAUGCACAAUCACUCCCGAGCCCUGGAAGAUAUGGGGAACGUGCUUUUGGCGGGAGGCGUGACGAAGGAUCAUCCAAACUCAGUCCUAAUGCAGAGUCGCAUUUCUCACACAAGACGAAGGGUAUAGACCCUGCGAUUGAUACCGCCAGGGAAGGCGAUCGCCCAAUAUCCAUGUCUAAAUCCCCAACUUCGACCGAGUCGGAGAAGAAAUAUGUGGAAUUUUCACACGUUGAGAUAUCGACCACUUCACCACGAACACUGCAACCUCGUAUUCCAUUUACCAAAGGGCAUGUUGUUGACCAGACAUGUUGCCAUGCCCCACUGAGCCGAGGGCCGUGGCGCUUAGAUGGGAAUAUACUGUCCAUCGACAUCAGAGAAGCCCAACGUAUUCCCAUUCGUGCUGGGACUUCUACAGUUCGAGUGCUAGAUGGCCAGCUGUUUCAGACUAUAACAAUGAGCCUUGGGGCGGUUGAUACAACAUCCAAGCCGGCAAAUUUUCCCAGAGUCACCAGGAAGAGGGGUGUCUCUGCAGCUAGAGGCCGACUUACCUCUGAGAGAAAACGAUAUCUCGUACGGUUGAGAGAUACGGGAUACUCGUGGAACCAAAUAAGCGCCAAAUUUCCUGGCAGAAAGAAGGAAAACCUCCAGGCAGCUUAUUAUAGAGAACUAAAGGGCUUGCAAACUCAGGUCUCCCAACCUUUGGAGCGCACUUCCAGCUCACAUACUAGAUCGAAGGGAUCAGGCAAUUCCGAGAGUCCAAAACCAUGUCAGGUGAAGAGGACAAGAUGUUCACGCUACAAUCUCCGACGUAGGAGCGAUCGUUGA